AUGGCAGGCGAUGUCAUCGAUCUCGUUUCUUCGAGCCCGGAACCUCAGCUUCGCCCCGCGGUAACAACCAAUCCGGCGCGCCAGAGCCACCAAGGUGUAUCUGGAGCCGCGCAGUCACACAAGACCAAUUCGCUGCCCAAGGCGUUGCCCGCGACGAUAGACUUCGAUCUUGACGACAUAGCCGACGAGUUUGACACGACGGGGGAUAUCGACGCUGCACUACACGCACCAUCCCAGCCUCGUCUUCAAGCCACCACAGCCCAAUCCGUCAAUGGAUACCCAACCACUACCCAGCAUGUCGUGUUGCUCUCGGACGACUUCGAUACGACCGGCGGAUUGAGCGAGCCUGUUCUCAGGGAGAGUGUCGGCAACAAGAGGCGUCGACUAUCCCCAUCCCCUGCGGCUGUCGCUACAAAAGUAGUCACCACAGGACCAGCACAACGACGAUCCAGUCCUCGUCGAGAAUCACUAGGUUUAGUUGACGAAUUUUCCGACAUUUCCGACCCUUUUGCCACCUCCCCUCUUCCAGCGACCGCAGAAUUUGUCAGAACGGCCCAUGUCACCAAUGUGAAGAGCCCGAGUCCGCGGCUUGCCGCACACAGUUCCCCUAGCCAGGUUCUGCCUGCCGUGCAGAGAGCGCCAGUCUCCCUGCCAAAGGACCCCUUGGCGUCGUCGGACCCCUUCGCAAGCUCGCCUAGAUCGUUACAUGGUACGAUUGACCUGUCCCUCGAUGAUCCCCCACCACGACCGGUGGCAGUAUCAUCCCGCCGCCAAAUAUGGGAUCCUAUUUCGAGCUCAGCACCUGAGGCAUCCAUGAAUGGAGGGACGGUCCGGCAGUACAAACCCUCGAGCAAAGCAAUAGAGAUUGAUUCCGACACAGACGAGGCUCCUCCUGCUGAUGACAUUGAUUCUGAUGACCUUCCCGACAUUGACAGCCUUGCGAAGCACGUCGCGAACCGCCCACCAAGAUCUCCCCUUCGUCGAUCAAGAAGUGAGAUUGUCAGCUCGAGAGGCGCCGCCAGGGUGACCAAGGCUUCCGCGACGGCCGGGGGGAGAACGCGUGAGCGGCAAACAAAGGCUUCUACCAAAGAUGCAGAGAAGAGACACAGGCAGGAAGAGAAGGCACGGGACAAGGCUAUCAAGGACGACGAGCGGAUACGAAAGCGGGCCCUGGCCGAGGCGAACAAGCACCUGGCGGACAGGAAGGCCUCCACGCGGGAGAUGGUUGUGGACCUGCCCUCGACGCUGAGCCAGGAGACGAAGACGCAUGUGGAGGCCAUGUUCGAGAAGCUCGAUGUUAGCUACAGACUCAGGCAGACGCCUGUCGACAACGUGGUGCUUUGGCGCCGAAAGGUCUGCCGCCGCUUCAACGAGAGUCUGGGCCACUGGGAGCCGGUUGUCGAGCGCCUGGUCCCCGAAAAGUACGCCUUGGUGGUGGUGUGCGCACCCGAGUUUGUGGAGAUGGCUCUUAAGGAGAGCCUCGAAGAACAUGUCCAUAAGAUGGACGAGAGCUUUCCCGAUUACCAGAUUAUCUACCUCAUCGAGGGCAUGCGGAAGUGGUUCUCCAGCAACCGUGCCACGCUAAACAGACAAUUUCGAGCAAACGUACGAGGGGAGCCGUCAAGCUCGUCCGCGCGACGGCGUACCGCGCAGGAACCCGUCGACGAGAGCGUGGUCGAAGAUGCAUUGUUGCAGCUGCAGGUCCUGCACGACAAGUACAUUCACCACACCGAGGACGCAGCUACUACGGGCGACUGGAUCAUGACUUUUACCCAGCACAUCUCGGCCGUGCCGUACAAGAAGGCCAAGGAGCACGCGCUGCGGGAUGUCGGCUUCUGCAUGGAAUCGGGGCAGGUGCGGUCGGGAGAUGGGCCCAAGGAUACGUAUUUACGGAUGCUGCAGGAGAUUGCCCGCGUCUCGGCGCCAAUGGCGCAUGGGAUUGCCGCGGAGUUUGAGAGCGUACCAGCCUUGGUGAAUGGCAUGCUGCGCGGGGGGCCGGAGCGGCUGAGCAACGUGGCGAAGACAGUCGACGGCAAGGGGACGCUGGGCACGAGGAUGAUCGGACAAGCUGUGAGCAAGCGCAUGUACAAAAUCUUCACGGGUCGGGACGAAACGAGUACAGAAGUAUAG